AUGUUGACUGAAAUCGACCAACGCGAGAUCCAUGUGAUCGUCAAUGACGAGUUGGACCCUAUUUCCCCAAGUCAGAACCCGGCUGUGCAAGUUUCUAGCCGGUUCAUGGGCAUUCCACUCUCUCCGCUCCCACCGGGCACUGAGCGAGGUGACGCGCAAAUGGAAAUGCGCAUGGACAACAUCUGUUGUGCGGCGCAUGGGAUCUCUUUGCUCCUGAUCGCGACCAAAGGCGACAAAAAGCACUACUUUCUCUUUGACGCCGGGCCGGAGGGCGACGUCUGGGAGAAGAAUUCCGGUCGCCUUCGCACCGAGGUGGGCCGCAUCGAGCACGUGUUCUUGUCGCACUAUCAUCGCGAUCAUUCGGGUACUGGCUUGACCAAGGCCAUCGAGCUCAUAAGAAAGCACGACCAGGGAGGCAAGAAUGUCGUGGUGGACGUGCAUCCGGAUCGUCCGGCCUAUCGCGGCGUGCAGGCUGAUCGGCCCAUCUCCCUGGAAGCGGACCCUUCUUUUGAGGAGCUGGAAGCCGCGGGAGCGACUUUGCUCAAAAGUGACCGACCGCACACCGCACUGGAUGAUUUCUUCCUGAUAUCCGGGGAGAUCCCGCGCGAGACCAGCUACGAAGAUGGUAUCUACGGCGGACUGCGGUUUGAUGAAGCCGCCAAGAAGUGGCAGGAGGAUACGUUAAUCAUGGAAGAGCGUUAUGUCAUGUGCAAUCUCAAAGGCAAGGGACUCGUGGUCUUCACCGGUUGUGGGCACGCUGGCAUUGUCAACACCUGUCGCGACGCAGUCAAGCUCGGCAACGACACCCCGUUGUACUGCGUGGUGGGCGGAUACCAUCUGGCCGAUGCAGAUGAUGCCAAGUUGAAUGCAACCAUGAAUGAUUUGAAGAAGCUAGAGCCAAAGGUGCUCCUGGCGGGUCAUUGCACAGGCUGGCGGUUCAAGUGUCUCAUUGCGCGUGAACUUCCCAGCUGUCUGGUGCCGUGUUUCUCGGGUAGUAAGUAUACUUUGUAG